UUAACUUUCUCCGACUGAGCCUAGUACUAUACGAGUUUAAGCAUUAUUCAAGAAACAACACGGCGGGAAAAAAAACCCGGGCUACACCUGUACACAUGUGGGGUAUCCAAUCCGGGUUUCAACCAAGAGGCUAACCGAAAGUUCCACGCAGAGUGUCAAGAAUGGGUUCCAUCAACGCCUGUCAUCUGGGUUUGAUAUACACGAUAUCAACAUUGUCCUUUGUGCAAACCGACCAGCUUGCAUUGGCUCGUCCGUGUACCGUGGAUUCACAGGAAUACAUCGCUGACUGCCGUAACAGGAACCUCUCCGACAUACCCCAUGGCUUUCCAGUGAACAUCAACACCUUACUUCUCAGAAACAACACCAUCAACAUAAAACACUUGUCUUCUGGCUUGUCUCGAUUCUCUCAUCUUUACCAUCUUGAUUUGUCCUUCAAUCAACUGCGUGGUUUGAAACCAAGAACAUUCAUUCAUCUUACACGCCUUGAAACUCUGAACUUAGAAGGCAAUCACCUCCCUCUUAACAGUUCGGCAUAUCCAAAUGCCACGUUUCAGGGUCUUCGUAACCUUCAGUCCUUGAAGAUAAACAACAACAUCAAUGAUGAGGAUCACUUCUCAGAUAUGGAAUAUCCAGGACAUGUACUAGCAGAGUUAUCUGCCCUUGAGGAAUUGUUUAUUGAUGGUAUACCUUCAGGUGUAUUUGGUGAGGAGUUUCAAUCUCUCAGGAAGCUUAGAAAUUUAACGUUAUCUGGGAGGAUAGGUACAUGUAAUAUUCCAAACAUAAGUUCCGACUACUUUAGAAAUCUGAAGCAUCUGACUUAUCUGAACAUGACGAGUUGUUCUAUAUCGCACAUUGGAAGACAGGCUUUAACUAAAUUAGAUAACAUCACCAUUCUUGACAUGUCCGGCAAUACACGAUCGGAUACGAGGCAUGUUGAAAAUAUUUUGUGUGGUCUCCAAAAUUCCUCGGUUGAAAUUUUGAAACUGAAUGCCAUGGUGAGUGAAUAUGCAACAUGUACUGUCAUCACUAACUUAAUGGCGCAGCAUCUUCACAGCACCAAUUUAAGGGAACUGUAUUUUAAUGAUAAUUAUAUUGUUACCGCUGAAAAAGAAGUAUUGUCACUUCUUCCCAAAAGUCUGGAGGUACUUUCUAUUAGGAAAAGUAGACUUGUUUAUGGCACUUUCUUUGAAUAUUUGAACCAACUGGAAAACGUGCGGAUGAUUGACCUAAGCGAAAGUAUUGGCAGUUCUGUUCCCGUCAUUCAUGGAUUAUCAUUUAGUCUUCCUCCUAAACUGGAAACUUUCUACUGUGACGACAGCACAUUUAGGGUUGCGUUUGUCAAUGUAAACUUCACCUCCAACAAUGUUAUGAAAAUUAGUUAUAGAAAAAACGUCAUAACCUACUGGGCUGGUCCAGUGUAUGGCUUGAACCAGUUAGCUGAACUAGACAUGUCAGAAAACUUCUGCGAUCGUAUUUAUGAUGGUUGUCUGAAAGGUUUUCCUAGUCUCAAGAUAUUAAGAGCUAAUAGUAACUACCUUGGGGCCUUCUUAGGUAACGAUAUAAAAGGACAGGUGUUUGCUUAUUCACCAACUCUCGAAUUUUUAGAUCUAUCUUUGAACAGAAUCCAGUUUUUACCAGUGAAUGUGUUUCGAAACCUUGUCAGUCUGAAAACUUUGAACCUAAGUGAAAACAGUCUCUCUUACCUGAAGGUGAAGGUUAGUCAUAUGACCACUUUGACAUCUUUGAAUUUAAGUUCAAACCAAAUUCCAUCCCUAGAUCACAUGUUUAUGUCUCAACUGGACAUAAUCAGCAAAAUCUCUGCUUUAAAGGUUGAUCUUUCAGACAACCCACUUAUCUGUUCAUGUGAGACAUUAUCUUUUGUAAAAUGGAUGACACAGAGAAAGGACAUGUUUGCAACUCAACAACUGUACAAAUGUUCCUCACAAUCUGGAUGGUUAUACAACGAAAAUGUGUUUGAGAUUCUUUCACAACUUCAACAAAAGUGCACCUCUCAUUUUGGCCUUGCGAUGGGACUGUUGGGUUCGGUAACAAGUUUCCUCUGCAUCUUGUGUGCUUCUAUCCUCUACAGGUAUCGAUGGAAGUUGAGAUACCUAUAUUACAUAGCACGGGGACGUUACCGAAAUGUUGACCUGAUCCAACAGGGGAAUGACAGGGAAUAUGAAUAUAAUGCUUUUAUCUCCUACGCUGACGAGGACCGUGACUUUGCUCUACACAUGUUCAUCGAGAAGCUUGAAAGAGAAGGCAAUCUUCAAUUGUGUCUUCAUCAUCGAGAUUUCAUUCCAGGCGAGGAAAUAGCUGCCAACAUCCUGUCAGCCAUUCAAAAAAGUAAACUUGUUGUCAUCGUGCUUUCCCCUAACUUCCUGGACAGUUACUGGUGCAGAUACGAGUUUGAGAUGGCCCGGAUGGAGGGUCUGUACACUGAGAGGAACAUGGUUGUCCUGGUGAAGUACCAGGAGGUCCUGCCCAACCUUGUGCCCAGGGACUUGUUGUAUAUGAUGCACACACAGACCUUCCUGGAAUACCCACAGACCGUAGAUGACCAGGACGCGUUCUGGAUUGCUCUCAAAGAUACCCUUGUAGCACCCUGAGAAAAUCAUUUAGACAUGGUAUCAGCCAGAUCCAUAUGCAAAAAUCCUCAUGACUGUUCUCUAAGAAGCUCUCAUAACAUUUUAAUAAAGGCAUACCCUCUGCUUCUUCUCUGAGGGUUUCGCCAGAGUAGACAUUACAAUCUCCAUGUUAUAUAAUUUUUGUAACAUUUCGCAAAAUAACCGCAAAAAUCAAAUUACAUUGUUCUGGGUUUUUAGGCACGAGGUAUUCACACAACAACGUCGUCGUUUAGGGUCGAAUCUCAUUCCAUUUGUUUCGAGAUGGAUUUGAGCACAAACACACAUCAUUUUCAUUGUGUGUCAGCAUGAACGGCGCCUUGUUAAGAAGAAAAUUCGUUAUGAUAGUGGAUCUUGUUGUGCUAUAUCCCAUAUGGUACAUAGGAUGUAAAAACUCAAAUGAUUAUUUUUAAUGUCUCAAUUCUUUUUCUAGUUCAAACCCAUUUCCAUUGUAUAAAACGUGGCUCUGUUAAAUAUGGAUUUAAAUAAUGUCUAUCAUCACCAAUUUCGUAAAUGACCGGGUUGUGUAUUUGAAUGUCAUUU